AUGGCUGCCACGGCUUCCUUCUUCAAACCAGAAACCUUUUCCUUCCGAUCAUUUCCUUCACUCUUCUUUCCCAACACCAAAACUCACUGCAAAAAACCCACCAAUUUAACAUUUGCUUCUGCUGGGGAAAACGCCGAUACUACUGAUACUGACGAAAGUAAAAAGCCCACACAGAGGAAGUUAUCCAAGCAAUCAUCCUGGGAAGCUAAGGAUGAUGAAGGAAAUGAUUAUCUUUACGUUCUCGGUAAAGAAUCUGCUAACAUGAACAUCGCUGUCGGCGCCAGAGCCGGUGUUAUCGACGACCUCUUCACCGGCAAUUUCCUCGGAAAAGAUUCGGAUAUUGUGUUUGAUUAUAGACAGAAAGCGACUAGGUCAUUUCAGUAUCUGCAAGGCGAUUACUACAUUGCCCCUGCCUUUAUGGAUAAAGUGGUGUGCCACAUCGUCAAGAACUACGUGGCGCAUCAUAUCAAUGCUAAAGUUCCGCUGAUCCUAGGAAUUUGGGGUGGAAAAGGGCAAGGGAAGACAUUUCAGACUGAACUCAUUUUCCGGACAAUGGGUGUUGAGCCUGUUAUAAUGUCUGCUGGUGAACUGGAAUCAGAAAGAGCUGGUGAACCAGGACAACUAAUUCGUGAGCGGUACCGGACUGCUUCGCAAGUGGUUCAGAACCAAGGAAAACUGAGUUGCUUGAUGAUCAAUGAUAUUGAUGCUGGCUUGGGAAGAUUUGGUUAUACUCAAAUGACAGUCAACAAUCAAAUUGUUGUUGGGACUCUCAUGAAUUUGUGUGACAAUCCUACAAAAGUAAGUGUUGGCCAAGUAUGGAGAGAAAAUGACAUAACGAACCGGAUCCCAAUCAUUGUCACUGGAAAUGAUUUUUCAACCCUCUAUGCCCCCUUAAUUCGAGAUGGAAGAAUGGAAAAGUUUUACUGGCAGCCAACCCAGGAAGAUAUUACAAAUAUUGUUCACAGGAUGUAUGAGAAAGAUGGUAUAUCAAAGGGUGACGUUGAAAAGAUUGUACAAGAAUUCCCUAAUCAAGCCUUGGACUUUUAUGGGGCUUUAAGAUCUCGAACUUAUGAUAAGGCCAUCCUUAAGUGGGUGGAAGAUAGUGGAGGCAUUGACAAAUUGGGCAACAGACUACUCAAGCAAAAGAAAGACGGAAAACUUCCAGUUUUCACUCCACCAGAGCAAACUGUGGAAGCCCUACUAGAAUCAGGAUAUUCUCUUGUCCAAGAACAAAAGCUGAUCACAGACACAAAACUUUCAAAGGAAUACAUGAAGAACGUCGAUGACUAG